UCCGAGGAUGACGAAGGUGACAUCAUCUUCGUAUUUCGACGGGAAUGCCCAAAGAAAUCGAGCAUUUAUCUAAUUAUAUGACCUACCAUGUAGCGACAUCGGUAAAUGUACCUGUUUUCGAUUUUAUCGGGCAAUUAGAAAGGGCAGUGUAUGUCUUAAUUGCAGCGAAAGUGUCCGUUCCAAACGCAGGUCGCUCAGUCCCGAAGGUGACGUCACAGACGUAAAUACGUCUGGUUAGACUUUCACAGCAAAGAAACCAAGGGUACUAAAUUUUGUCAAGGCAUUCUGAGUUUGUACCAUUGUUUGUGGAGAAAAUGGACAGCGGGGACGAUCUGGUCUACGAUGACGACUCUUGUGAUGAAACCAGUGAUAAUGACGAUGAGGAAUUUGUGGACAUGGUGGUUGAACCUGAGGCAGGCUCCACACACGACCGUCACGAACCUGAAGAAUUUCCGUACGAAGUACUGACAGCAGACAAAAUUGUACAGUUUAUGGUGGAUUGCAUCAAAGAAGUUAAUUGUGUUGUUCAAAUUCCAGCGACAGUCACCAGAAUUCUCCUGCAUCACUUUAACUGGGAUAAGGAGAAGUUAAUGGAAAGAUAUUAUGAUGGUGACCAGGACUCUUUGUUUGAUGAAGCUCAUGUUGUUAGCCCACAUCGACGAGACCUCACUUCAGCAUCAGGAAGAUCAGCCAGGAAAACGAGGUCUGUUACAGCCAACAACACUUCAGACAUAACGUGUGAAAUCUGUUUCUUGACAAAACCGCAAGGUACAAUGGCGGGACUGGAGUGUGGUCACAAGUUUUGUGCUGAAUGCUGGACUGAGUACCUUACAACUAAAAUCAUGGAUGAGGGUAUGGGACAGACAAUAUCAUGUGCUGCUCACGGUUGUGAUAUCCUCGUUGAUGAUGCCACAGUAAUGAAUUUAGUUAAUGAGCCCAAAGUCAAAUUAAAAUAUCAACAAAUCAUAACAAAUAGUUUUGUAGAGUGUAAUAAAUUGUUACGCUGGUGCCCAGCUCCAGAUUGUGGCCAUGCUGUGAAAGUAGCCUAUUACGACAGUAAACCAGUCACCUGUCAGUGUGGCCACACAUUCUGCUUUGCUUGUGGAGAGAAUUGGCAUGAUCCAGUAAAAUGUGUAUGGCUGAAGAAAUGGAUCAAGAAAUGUGAUGAUGAUAGUGAAACAUCCAAUUGGAUUGCUGCCAACACAAAGGAAUGUCCAAAGUGCCACGUGACCAUUGAGAAGGAUGGAGGUUGUAACCACAUGGUGUGUAAAAACCAGAACUGUAAGGCAGAUUUCUGCUGGGUAUGUCUUGGGCCCUGGGAACCACAUGGAUCAUCAUGGUAUAACUGUAAUAGGUACGAUGAGGAAGAAGCUAAGAAGGCUCGUGAUGCUCAGGAAGUUAGUCGGUCAAGGGCUGCUCUUCAGCGGUAUCUCUUCUACUGUAAUCGUUACAUGAACCAUAUGCAGAGUUUGAAAUUUGAGCACAAGCUGUACAUGUCAGUCCGUCAGAAAAUGGAGGAAAUGCAACAACACAAUAUGUCCUGGAUAGAGGUGCAGUUCCUGAAGAAGGCCGUGGAUGUCCUCUGUCAGUGUCGUCAGACUCUCAUGUACACCUAUGUCUUCGCUUUUUACUUAAAGAAAAAUAACCAGUCUAUUAUAUUUGAGGAGAAUCAGAAGGACUUGGAGAAUGUGACUGAGCAGUUGUCUGAAUACCUGGAGAGAGAUAUAACGUCUGACAUUUUGGUAGAUAUCAAACAGAAGGUCCAGGAUAAAUACAGGUACUGUGAAAGCAGAAGGAAGGUGCUGCUAGAUCAUGUCCACGAGGGUUACGAGAAGGAGCUAUGGGAUUACCAGGAAUCUCUGUAAUCAACAAGAUAGUUCAUCUCUAACACCUUAAUCUUCACUCUCCUGCAUUGACAUAUCUGUUGUGGAUUGUGGGCAAGCAGAAUUCAUUUUGAUGUUGUAUAAAGAUAUUUAAGAUUGACUUUUGUAAUUUGUAUUACUGAGAGCAGUGUGGCCGAUCUUGUGCUGACAGUGUUACAACAGUGGAUGAUGUAAUUGAAACUUUGUACAGACAUUUGUCCUGGAGGCAAGACUUGGAAAUGAUGGAUAUUUUGUGGUCUCGGCCCCAUAGUUGUUUGACUUUGGUUAUAAGUUUGAAUGUUCAUGGUUAGGUUUUAGGUUAUUCUGGACAAUUGGCAGUAUAUUUUUGUGAUGAAAUGUACUUGUAGAGUUUAUGCCGCUUUAUGUUCCCUGUUCUUAAAUAACUUCACCAAAUAUUUCAGAAACAAGAUAUUUUCAUGGGCUGGUAUGUUUUUAUGUGAAAACUCAUAGGAUGCAAUAAUUGUUUUGUCACUAGUUCUUAUAAUGAUAAUCUGCUAUUUAAUUUUGUAACUAAGCACAGUCCUUUCUCUAUAUCAGCCCCGUCGUCUUCCACUACAGGUUACAUGUAGGAUCAAGUUCCAUACGCAUAUUGUUUAUACAUUGGCGACAUCUUUAAUACAGUCCUGAUUUCUAGUUGUUUUUUGUUUUUUUUUCAGAAUUCCUCUAUUGUUUUGAAUUAUGUGGUUCUGUCAGUUACAUAGACUUAUUUGACUAGUAGAAGGUAAUUUGUUUUGUAAUAAGAGUCAAAACAGAUUUAGAAUUGGUGGUAUUGAAGGUUAUAUGUUACAAAAAUGUGAAUGUUUCAUAGAACCAUAGAAACCUUUAACUGAUAAACGUGGCUUCACGAGUUCCUACAUUUAUGGGUCUUUUGUUUUAAUUUGGCAUGUCGUGUCUAUGGUAUUCAAGCUAAUUUGGUAAUUUGUCCGGCAGAUCAUAUGCUCUCUUUGUGAGCAUGCAUGUUUAGCGUUCACGUUGACAUAAAGUGUAACUACAUGUAAAUUUUGUCAAGGGUCAUCAUUUAUAUUGUUGGCUCUGUGCUAUAAUUGGAGAAUGGAAUGAAUUGAUUGCUUGUACUCCAGAAAUUAAAAGGCAUUCACAUCUGCUGACAAGUCAUCCAAACAUUAUUAACAGGGUGAAAGAAACAACUGAAGUCAUUCCAUGUGAAUUAUUGUUUGCACAUGAUACAUGUAUGUGUGAAUGUUAUGCUGUUGUCCUGUCUCAGUUCAUAGCAUGAAAAUGCUAGAGAGACACUUACAGGGAUGGAGUUAGUUUGUAUACCGUCUAUUUUCUGUAUGAUCUCCUCUGUCAGCAAAGUGGUAUUGCACAAGGUAAUAUGGGUUAUCACAUAUAUAUAAAUGAAGGAAUGUGCUCUUUGGAAAAUGUAAUUAUUUAAUCUGAAACUGUUACAGUUAUAUUAUUUUUCUUUGUUCUAUUCUGUUUUUAAAACUCUAGUGCUUUUCUUGCAUGUGUGAUAUUGGAUGAAACUCUGACCUUGAUUACAAAAGUAUCAUUGGCUGAUUUGGUACAGUAUGUCUGUCAGCUCUCCUGUCUUUUGGCAUUGUAAAGUUGUGUAUUAAUCCCACUCCUGUUUCAUAUACAUAAAAUGUAGAUAAAAUUUAUCCCAAAAAUAAAGGAUAAAUCUCUGGUUUUACCACA